UUUAGUUACACUUUUCAUUUUCUUAGUUAAAGUCAGCUUAUGAGAGUGGUGACUCAUGGAGAUAACAAAUGAGAGAGAGAGUAGUUCUGAAAGUUCCGCUGAGAGUCCACCCAUUUACCAAGCUCCUUGGAGAAAUUCAGAGGUCUUAUCUCGUGGCUCGAAGAUCACCCCAUCUUGGACUACCCAGCCAGUCUUUUGGCACUUUAAUAAUGAAAGGCAGAUUAAGUACCCCUUUGGAACAUGUCAACACAGGAAGAUCUUUCCUUCUGGCCACGCCCUAAGCUUGUUGGGGCACAAGUACCUUCCGGUUAGGGGAGCGCCCCACAGAGGACCUGGAUGCUACUUUUCAGAGGAUAAAAAUGGCUUGGCAUACAACCUCGCUAAGAUCCCAACCAGUAAAAAAGGAUAUACAUGUGGAGCCAGAACAGCCGUGAGAUUUAAGCCAAUUUUCAAGGAUGUGACUCCUUACCCAGGCAUGUACCAGACAGUCUAUCCUCGGGAACAAAAACACAAACAAAAUUUUGCUCCAUUUAAUACCUUAUUGCCUCGAUUUAGGACAUACUCUAAGGACUCUGGUUAUCUCUGCCCUGGUAUGUACAACCCAGAGAAAAAGUCACCCCCAAAAGUUACCUGGCCAAUGAAAUUUGGAUCCCCAGACUGGGCUCAGGUUCCAUGUCUACAGAAAAGGACUCUAAAAGCUGAGUUGUCCACAGACAAAGACUUUAAAAAGCAUCGGAACCGUGUGGCCUAUCUAAGCUUGUAUUAUGAUUGAGGAGCUGUGACUGCCACGAGCUCUUCCUGACCACAGUAUCUCCAGGAUUGAGAUAAGAAGUCUCCCUCUGCACUGCUGAGAUCCUCUUGUCUUCCAGCAUGGGCCCCGGGAGAGGGCAAGUGGUUCAUGAGCACAUAAAAUCUAGCUCAGAGUAUUCUAUCUCUCUGCUGUUUUAUUGU